AUUUCCUAAUUACAUAUGGGAUUCCGGAAUGGCCUGAGUCAGCUACACACGAUUCAUAGCUCUUUUAUUUCUGUACAGAGCAGCACAUCCCACCGCCAGCUCAUGGUUAUCAGUUGCAUUCCAUGCAAACAGAACCAAAAUCAGAGCAGGUCUGUCUACCUCCUAGGAGCUCUCUCGAACCAGAUGAUUUGCUCAUUUGCUUCACAGUUAAAAGCUUUGGAGUAACUACUGAUUCAAGUUUCUGCUUCUCUAAUUAAAAUCCAUAAAUUAGCCCUGCAGCAUCCACCCUUAUUAACGUACUCUCCGUGGCCCCUAGUCCAGGCCCUCUCCCUCUGUCUGGCCUCUUACUGACUCUCUGCACAAGUUGUUUGACCUUCCAGAAUGUUCCCAUGUAUCUACCCUCCUCGUCUCCUCUGGCUUCCUAUAGCUGCCCAAAUUAAGUUCUACGCUCUGGUUACGGCUCUGCCCCUCACUCGGAACUGCUGAAUUCCACUCCUCAUUCAAAAAAUCUCAAAAUAUCUUUCGUGCCCAUUUAUACAUACACAUAUAUAUAUAUAAACAUACAUACACAUCUUAAAUAUCAAUUCUGUGUACAGCUGCUCCUGUAAUUUACGUGAGCGGAAAGGUGAUAUUGGAUAAAAUGACUACUUUGUCAAUUGUGUGUCUGCGUCCAUUUCCAUCUGUUGAUGAAGUGCGCUUUUGUACGUCUCUUUGGAGAAAAGCAUCUGCCAAAGGAACAGAUGUAAUAAUGUAUUACAAGUGCGCCUGUGUCUCACACACACUUGUCAGGCACAGCAAAUGUCAGAGUCUUGUUGACAGGAAGAAAUGCAGAUGUUACCUUAUCCAAUCUUAUCCUAAAACUGCCUCCCUUUUUGCUGGAUGAUUCUUUCUUCUCUUUUUUCCAGGUGUUCGCAUCUGUUUAAGGCCUAAACGUCCCUUUGAAGGCUGCAGGGUCAGCAGGGGGGAAGUGCUUAUGUAGCAUCUUUGCACAGCCUAGAAUUCAGCUGUAUGUCAAACGUGGCAGGAAGAAAAUUACAGCCUGUUAAUCUCCAAGAUACUGUUUUUAUAGUUUUCCCUUGUUUUACCACUUAGCGUUGUCUUUCUGCUGCUUGCUCUCACACCUAAUUACACACUCCCAUUGGCUGGCUGUUUCCAGUGGCCUUAACCAAUCGCACUGUAGCUAAGAGCAAAUCCCCUGCUGCGGGAGACACCUUUUGGUUUUAAUUAUCCAAAGGGGUGUAUAAAAUGCUGCCUCGCCAUGGGCUGCUGCCACUCUCCGUCCGGAAGCCAUUGCAGAGGUACGGUUCAAAAGGACUCGGGUUCCGUUGGCCAACUGCCCCCGUGUCCAAAGAGCAAGGUGCUUGUGAAUGCACUCUCCCUCGGAGGGUCCUCGCUCAAUUCCAGGAACUACGGACCAAAGACCAUCUUCCUAACCUGCAAGGGGACCGGGGACAAGCUGAUGAUGGCUCGCUGUGGAGGCCCGUCCUUUUCCUUUCUCUCCACUGGUCUGCUGCUCACAACGGCACUCUUACCAGCUCUCCUGGUUGCUGGUCCAAUGGGGCAGCGCCCAAAAGGAGAUGCUGGAGAUGCCAGCGAAGGGCAGAUGGACGAUGACUCUUCUCUCAAAAAGAUGACACGGAACAGAAGAAACAUCAGCUGGUAUAAGCAGCACUCGGACUUCUGGAGUUGGUACAAGUACUUCACGGACACGGGAAAUCAGAAGGGAGUUCAGGAUCUCGACCGCAUUUACCUUUCAUACCUGCAAAACAAGAACAGGGCAGAGGGGCGCCGAUCCUACGACCUGUACCUGCGUCACCUGGGCGAGAUCUACAAGUCCUGCGCCGAGUCGGAUAACCCCGACUGCGUCACCUCCUACAUGAGCAGACCCAAAGGCAGGGAAGAGGCGUCCAGGCCUGCUCCCGUGAAGGCCUGCGACCCUUACAGGGACCCCUACUGCCUUCGGUCUCGGGGCCGUCUUGCCGCCAUGGCUCCGGCAGGGGUUAAAGGGCCAGCCCCCAUUCGGGCGCCUGCCGCUCAGGCUUCGGCUCCGGCUCCAGCCAAGUCCACGGGUUUGGGGAGCUACUACUACUACGCUCCUGUCGCGCAGCCCUUCCUGUCGGCCCAGCAGCAGGCAGAGCUGCUGCGCAUCUGUGAUGCCAAGGAUGUCGAAUGUCUGCAAUAUCACUUGCGCGCUGCCUACGGCUACAGGGCAGCCUCGGCUCCAGCGCCAUCGUACGCGCACCUCGGCUGCGACCCCGGGAGAGACGCGAAUUGCGAGCCGAGGGCAGCGCUAAAGAGCCCGUCGGACUCGUACCACUCGUAUCCGACCUGUGACCCAAACUAUGACCCGUACUGCAUACCGUCCUCCGCCCCCGCAGAGCAACCUUGCAACCCUGUCUUUGACGACAACUGCAAUCCUCUCACCGCGUCCAAGCUGUCGAGCCGCCGCAAAGCUGAGCACGAGAGUGACCUGAGGGACGAGCCGGUGUCCAGCGCUGCCUGCGACCCCCAUUACGACCCCUACUGCCUGUACAAUUCGGCAGCAGCGCUGCAGAAGCAGCCCGGCUCCCCGCCUCACGCCGUGCCCCACGUCCCGCUCGGAGCCGAAGAGGAAUCCCGUCACCACCUGGGGCCGCGGGGAAAGACCAAGGAGGGCUAUGACUGCUACAUGUUCUACGACAAGGAGUGCCUCCCGCUGGGCGCUCAGGACAACAGUCAGGCAAGUGGGGCGAGCCUCUUGCGCAGGGCCCCCGCCAGAACUUCCUACGAAGACACUGGGAGCAACUGCCACCCGUACAACCCUGCGUGCGGAAGGAAGGCCCCUCAGCACAGCGCUGCCGGCGAGGCCUAUGAGCCCCACCUGAACCCCGAUGGCACCCGGAACGGCGUCGUUGAACCGGACCCGGACUGCGACCCUGAGUACGACCGCAAUUGUCGCCUGCGACGUGCAGAUGAGCCCAAAGUCCCUACUGGUGCCGUGGCUCGUGACACGCGACGAGAGGAAGAAGGUGGCCCGAGGGAGCGGCAGGACGAGCAGACGCGGCACAAGGAGCCCUUCCGGGAGACGCCAGGCUACGAUGAGCAGCGUUACGAGCCCUACCAGAGCGGCCAGGAGGAGCCUUACGCAGCCUAUCCUCCCCAGGAGCACAUGGCCACACGGCUGGAGGAGUUCAUGGGCGAAUAUGGAGAGCAGGUGCCCAAGUACGACGACUCGCAGGACCGCCGCUUUUACAGUGGAGAGUACAGAAAGAAGUAAGAAGAGUGACAAACACAGACAAACGUCGUGAAAGAGCCUGUAGAUCGCACACACGCAGGGAUGUGAGAAGAAAAUUGGUUGCAGGAAAGUGCUCUGAUGAUACCUGGCAGUUCCCCUACAGCGAGCUCUGCUGUGCAAGUGGAACACGGUAAAAGAUGUAUUACACUCACACUGUAGUGACAUGUUUUUCUGGGUUAGAAUCCCUGUGACGUUACAGUCUGUGCCGUGUACUCGUUUGUUGUCAGUAUACAGCCUGUGUUUUCCUCUGUUCUUGUCUGUUAAAUUGCAGUUUUCACCCCCUCCCUCGAACAAAAAGAGUAAUAAAAACAUGUCCCUCCUUUGCUAAAUUUGCAAUUAUUCACCUGGUUUUUAUGAUGAUUUUUCUUUUACAAAUAUUUUAAAGAAAAAAUGUGCCAAAAACACUUGGCACUUUAUAUGAGCUUUAGUGGAUUUAUUUUUAUUUCACCAUGGACCGUAACUUCCUCAUACCACUAUGUGGUGGGAAGAGGAGCACAAAGGUCUCUGGAGAUGAACUUGUAAACUUGAGGUUGUGAAUGAUUAACUCGAGUAAUGACAUCCUCAGACUGUUCCUUGUUGCUCUUUGUUUGCACCCUGCUCAGUGAGGUACACUCAUGUAAACCAGGAGAAUGAUUCCUCCUCUCUGUUCAAGUAAUUUUAUAUAGCAGGUCAUCGCAUGUUUUAAAGUAAAGGAAAAUCUAAUUUAAUUGUGUCCAAUUAUUCCAAACUGCACUUAGAAGGCACCAAUAAUAAUAUCUGGACCUGUUCAGUAAGGCCAGAUGUAGUAAAUUGUGCUUUUUUGCUUCGUUCCACUCCAAAGCGAAGUUGUCAGGAGCACUUCCGUUGAGAGCAAUAAUUGUAAUUAGUGUGUUGAUA